CAGAAGAAACGUGAUAACAUAAGAAGGAUUUAAUGUACCACUGCUAGCUCUGAGAUGUUCAGAGACCACAUGCAACUACACACAAUGACCCAAAAGAGGCCUCUAGAUGAGCCUCCAGAAGGGAAAGCAGCCCAGGCAACGCCUUGAUUUUAGUCCUGUGAGACCGGAAGCCAAGAAACCAGCGGAGUCCAGUGGACUUCUGACCUACAGAACUGUUCGGCUCAGCUAAUAUUUAACAUAACCAGAUCUGUAGAAUACACUGCUUGCAAUGAAACUGUUAUCAUCCCAUGCUAUGUUAAUAAUGUGGAGGCCACAAACAUUAAUGAAAUGUAUGUAAAGUGGAAAUUUAGAGGAAAAGACAUUUUCACCUUUGAUGGCGCUGUAGAAAAGACCACUCGCGACAAUAAAUUUAAGAGUACAAAAAUCAUACCACAAAAAUUACUAAAUGGCAUUGCCUCUUUGGAGAUGAACAAGGAAGAGGCUGUUGUAGGAAACUACACUUGUGAAGUAACAGAAUUAAGCAGAGAAGGCGAAACCAUCAUAGAACUAAAAUACCGUAUUGUUUCAUGGUUUUCUCCAAAUGAAAAUAUCCUCAUUGUCAUUUUCCCAAUUUUGGCUGUACUGCUUUCUUGGGGACAGUUUGGUAUUGUGACGCUUAAAUAUAAAUCCAGUCUCAUGAAGGAGAAAACCAUUCUUUUAUUUGUUGGUGGACUAGUGCUCACUAUAGCUGUCAUUGUUGGAGCCAUUCUUUUUGUCCCAGGUGAAUAUUCAACAAAGAAUUCUUGUGGACUUGGUUUAAUUGUGGUUCCUACAGUGAUUUUAAUAUUACUUCAGUACUGUGUGUUUAUGAUAGGUGUUUGGAUGUCUUCCUUCACCAUCGCCAUAUUGAUCCUUCAGGUACUGGGCUAUGUGCUCUCUGUGGUUGGACUAAGCCUCUGUGUCUCAGAGUGCACCCCAGUGAACGGCCCUCUUCUGAUUUCAGGUUUGGGUAUUAUAGCUCUAGCAGAAUUACUUGGAUUAGUUUAUAUGAAACUUGUUGCUUCCAAUCAGAAGACUAUACAACCUCCUAGGGAAGCUGAUUCCAGUAUAUUGCCUCACCUAUUGGCUCCAUUUGAUAAAGCUGUAGAGGAACCCCUUAAUGCAUUUAAAGAAUCAAAAGGAAUGAUGAAUGAUGAGUAACUGAAGUGAAGUGAUGGACUCUGAUUUGGAAAGUAGUAAGACAUGAAAGGAAUACAAUUGUGUUUAAGCACCAUGGCCUUGAUUCACUGUUCAGGAGAAGAAAACAAGAAAAAUUACUGGUUCUCAUCUGUGGGAGAAAGUAAAUCUUUGACCCUUAAAUGAUUGUUACAGUUAAGUUUUUAUUCAAAGCAUUUGUAAUUUAGUUAAUAAAAGAAUUAUUAUCUGUGUUGUGUGCCCAA